AUGUGCGUGGCGACAUCCCGAUUUGAGAAGGUCCAGGCCUCCCGGCCAGACUUUCGUGCCAACGCCGAGGUCAACACCACCAAGACCCCCAACCCUGCCUGGAAGCAGGGUGAUGGCGGGAACGACGGCGGAGAGAGCUUGAAGAAGGACCAUAUUGAAAUCAAUCCCUACGCCGAGGGCCGUCCCGCGGCACUGAACUACAAGCUUCUCAUUUCCAGCAUCGUUCCUCGUCCCAUUGCACUUGUCAGCACUGUCUCGGCCGACGGGAAAAGCUUCAACCUGGCACCCUUUAGCUAUUCGCAGGUCGUGUGCCACGAUCCACCGACCUUUAUCGUCGGAUUUGCCGGUCCCUUGGAGCAGGCCAAGGACACCCUGAAGAACUUGAACGAGACUAAAGAAUGUGUCAUCAAUAUCAUAUCAGAGCACUUUGUCGAGGCUGCUAACUCCACCUCGGUCAAUGCUCCGUACGGCCAAUCAGAGUGGAAGUAUUCUGGCCUGCACCAGGCACCGACAUCUAUUGUCAAGCCUCCGCGCGUGAAGGAAUCGGUUUUCUCCGUCGAGGCCAAGCUGCAAGAUAUCAAAGAAUUCGAGAGCCGCACCACCGGGCAGAAGACUGGCGCUAUGGUCAUCGUCGAGGGCGUGCGCUUCUGGGCACGUGAAGAUGCCAUCAACGAAGAACAAUCCAUUAUCGAUGUGAAUGUGCUGAAGCCGGUUAGCCGACUGGGUGGCAUUACCUACGGUCGCGUUACAGAGAUUUUCGAGCUCCAGCGUCCUGAGUGGUGA